AUGACACUCUCGCCGAGCCGGACCUACCGGCUCCUCGAUGGUGCCGGUGGCAGCACGCUCGUCGUGUGCGUGCACGGCCUCACCGGCGACUCGCGCCAGUUCUGCUACCUGGCGCCGCUCCUCGCUUCGGCCGAGGGCGUCGCGGCCGUCGCGUGCGUCGACCUGCCCGGCCACGGCGCGUCGUCGUGCGCCGACCCCUGGCGCGACGACGUCGGCGACGCCGCCGUCGAAUCCAUCGCCGCCGUCGUCGCCGACGCCGCGACGCGGUCGCGCGCGGCGGACCUCGUCGUCGUCGGCUUCUCGAUGGGCACGCUCCACGCGACGCGCUACGCGGACGCCGCCGGGGACUUCGAGAAGGCCCUGGCGGUCGGCGCCCACGGGGCCUACGCGCGGCAGGCCGAGCGCCACGUCGCGCAGCAGGUCCGCGGCAACGCCGGCUACGUGGACCGCGUCGGCGCGGAGAUCCGCCACCUCCUGAGCGGCGAGCCCGGCGACGCGACGUUCCUCCAGGACGCGCUCGCGAGCGUGAUCCGCCGGCCCGGGAGGCCCAAGCUCCUCCUCGUCUACGGCGCGGACGACACCGUCGUCGGCGGCGGGAUCGUGUCGCACGACGAGGACGCGCUCCGGGCCGCGGCGGCCGUCGUCGUGCUCGACGGCGCGGGCCACAAGCCCAUCAUGACGCACCCACAAGGGGUCCUCGACGCGCUGCGCGCGCACGUCUUGUAA